AAAGCACACCCAUGUGCUUGAGGAGAGACACCGGCGCAGUACUAGUUGUCCGCUGUCUGCAGUUAUUACAACACAGCCAUAGUGGAUGAAAGUAAAAGCAAACAUUCUGUUGAAAGAAAGGAGCACGACGAAGAUGAAGCUGGAUGAUAAUUUUUUGGAAGAACACACAUUUUAAUCUUGAGGCCCCUUCCAGAAGACUCAAUGGCUCUUAUGGCAACCAACCAAAGCAACGACACCGAGGAGUCUGAGAGUGUAGUUAGCAACAACUUGUCUACUGGGUUAGGCACUUUCAUUCUUAGUUUAGUCUUCUUCAUUGGAGUUCCAGGAAACCUUUUCAUUGUUUGGAGUAUUUUAUUUCGAACUCGGAAACGCUCAGUCACUUGCUUGUUGAUCCUUAAUUUAGCCUUCGCAGAUGGCGGCUUAAUGUUAUUGACACCCUUCUUCACCGUCUACCUGGCACUGAGGGACUGGAUAUUUGGAGAGUUCAUGUGCAAAUGUCUCUUUUACCUAUGCUGUAUGAACAUGUAUGCCAGUAUAUUUUUCAUCACUCUUAUGAGCCUCGAUCGUCUUGUGGCUGUAGCCUGGCCUCAUCAAGUGCCUUCCAUUCGAAGGAAAAGAAUAGUGGUUAAAAUUUUGAUUGUACUUUGGGUGGUCACAUUCGUAUUUGCAAUUCCAGCUGUGAUGUUUCGGCACGUCACUACUACGGACAACAGCACCCGAAGGCUGUGCAGUGCUCAUCAUCCUUCCCGCAAAGAUGAAGUCUUUCAGUACAGCUUUGAGACAGUUUUCAGCUUUAUAGUGCCUUUCACAAUCAUCCUGAGUAGCUAUGGUUACAUUUUAUACCGUCUCCGGACUUCCAAGUUUCAGCGUAGACUGCGCAGUGAAAAUCUGAUCCUUGCAAUCAUUGGAGCUUUUGGUUUCUUCUGGUUACCUUACCAUGUGGUCAACAUCAUACAGGUGGCUGCAGGGCUGGCACCUCUUCCACUUCAGACCAAACUUGACCACAUCUGGAAGACAUGUCGCGUAGUGACAUCCGCCUUGGCCUUCCUCAGCAGUUGUGCAAACCCAAUUCUCUACACAUUUGUUGGAAAAGACUACAUAAAGACAGCUGGAUUGAACUUCAUGGCAAAAUUAUUUGAAGGCACUGCUCAAGAUCUUACAAGCAAGAGGUUCAGGAUUGGCAAUACCUUGUCACGCCAACCAAGUAAGGACCCAGCAUACCUUGAAUCAGUGGACUUGAAUAAGGAUGGUGACAGUUCUACCACGGCUACUGGCUAAUAUCUGAUUUGAGAAGACCACUGCAAAGCUGGGCAAUCUUGUAAAGAUAUGGUUGAGUCUAAUGACAUAGAUAACAGGUAAAACUUCUGAACUCAAUCAGAAUUGCAUUAGAACAGAUCAUGACAUUCUGCUGGGUAAUCAAGUUAGUAAAAAUGUAUUCUGUAAAGAAAAAAAUCAUCAGUUCAUUUACUUCUGGAAUUUCUAGCAGAGAGUUAAAAAUCUAUUCUGGAAGGAAAUAAUCCUGUCUUGGAAAUCAAAAAAAUUGUAGAGGAUCUGAUGACGAAGCCUCUUUCAUUCACAAUAAGCCAUGCGACGGUCAACAAUUAACUCUAGACAUGUUGUCUUUAAUUGAGGAGUGUCAGAGUCUGGAUCUCCUUUUAUGUCCUGCAUAUAUGUCAUCAAAUGAAACUUCAGAUUUAAUAACUGUAAAUUGGUUUUGAGAAAAUCAUAAAGACUUUCAGCUAUAAGUCAUUCUUAUAGAUUUUAUAAAUGGAAAUUUGUGAUGUAUGCCAAAUGUUUUCCAGUUUAUUUUAUUUUUUUUCUCCUGGACUUUGUCUGAUCCUUAUGUGUGUAUGUGAGUGUGUGUGUAUAUAUACCAUAUAUAUAUAUAUAUUAUAACAAGGUUUGGGGCACUGUGGUCAACCUCAAAUAAUUGGAUGAUAGCAAAAAACAAAAAGCAAAACAAAACGGGAAUCAACAAGUGGAUUGACUCAAAAUGGUAGCCCAGGCAGGAAGGGGUGAGUCCAGGAGGGUGGACAAUAGAAGUGACAUCAGAGUUGGUGAAAUCAUCAAUCUUCUGUCCUCCAGAGGAAGGAAUAUUGCACGGGGAGAAUGUACAUACAGUUUACAUACAUACAGUAUACAUAUAUAUAUAAUAUAAAUAUAUGGCCGUAGGAAGAGAAUUUAGGGAGGAAAUGUAAUCUCCAAAGAGUGAAUUUAUGUAUAUGCUGUUUUAAUUCCUUCUGGUAAUUUUAUUGCUUUUUAAUUUUUUUUAUUUUAAUUUAAGUUAACCUAGUGAGUCUGUAUAUGAUGCAAUUUGUAUAAUUCUGGUCAUCAUUCUUUCAACAAAAAUAUAGAGAAGAUCAACCAAAACCACCCCUGGGCUAAUAAGCAUGUUCUGCACAGACUAAAGGAUAUCAGAGACCUAAUCCGGGCCUUCAAUGUCCUCAAAGAAAUUGAUCAAGCUGGUCCAUCACAAUUCUUUCAGUUAAAUAGUAUAAUAGUAUAUUACUUGAAAAUGAAAUAGAAGUGGAGUCAAUAGGAAGCAAUUCUAUCUAACAAAGAUUUGCAAGUCUUAGAAAGGACUGGUUUUUAAGAAGGCUUGAAUUGGGAAAACUUAGCUAUUCAUUAGCUAAAUGGUCUUGACAGACUGCAUGGUGUCCAUAUUUCUUACCUUCACAGGAUAGCAGUAUUAAACUAUUGUUAUAAUUGUACUAAAGAAGAAGUAUUGAAUAAAGAUUCAAAUAUAAAAAAUGAAAUUUUCUUUUGAUCAAGAUUCAAAUGGAACACGAGAGCCGUACUUAAUCCAAAAUUAACAAUACACAGUAGGACUGAACUGAAGGAAUGACUCUAACAAAGAAAUCUACAAAAUAGCAAAUGCUAGGCCUGAUCUGGCACUGUACUACCGUAUAUUGGCAGCAGAAACACUACUUCAAAGCAAUAAGCAUUCCUUACUACCUCCUAAUUCUUUUAGUAGAAACAUCUGGCCUCUUUUUAUCAUCCUGUCUCACAAGCCUCCAUCUGUGCUCCACUUCCAAUUGUAAGCUUCUCUGACUGUGGAGAGGGAAGCCCUUAUACAUCUGGAAUCAGGAGUGCCUGCAGCACCACUUCCAUUUGAUUGUAUCUAACCCAUGUAAUACUGGACCCUGACAUACACUAAAUCUACCAAACUCCUUUGGAGGAGCCUGGACUACAUCUGAAAAAGGCUGCUGAUGCUAGAUGCUAGGCUUUAGGGCUAAAAGUUCUUCACCAAAUAUUUCCAGCUGUCCCCCCAUCAUGUGUGCAUUUUAACUGGCUAAUGCAUAUCUGGACAUCUCAUUCAGGAGGAGAAAGUUGGUGCAGAUCCUCCUAUUAUCAUGUCUCCCUUCAUACAUUUAAUAUGGUAAACAGAAAGAGGUGCUUAAUGGUAAAAACUGAAUCAUCAAACAGGAACACACUAAGCCAAACUAAAAAAAAUCUGGAGGAUCUUACACAACCAAUUUAGCUAUUAGCUAACAGAAAUGUCUGAUAAACUGAAUAGUGGACACUCCUGUGAAAUAUCUUAUAUUUUUAAGAAGCUUUAUUAAUCUUUUUUAAACAUAUACUAUGUCAUAAAAUGCUUUUAUCUUUUAUAUUUCAGUGAUUAAAAGAUGUCUGAUUCCUUUUUAAAUAAAACAUUGAUUUCACUUGCCUAAUUAAAACUUACGUUUCAAGUAAAA